CAAUGGCCUGUCAGGGAAAACUCUUGGUGCUGCUGGCGGUGUUGCUGGCUCUGAGUGCUCAGCUAUCCUCCGGGCAGCACUGGUCACACGGCUGGUAUCCAGGAGGCAAGAGGGGGCUGGAGGGCUUCCAGUCCCCCGAGGAUUCAGAUGAAAUAAAGUUGUGUGAUAGAAAUGAGUGCAGCUAUCUGAGGCAUCCUCGAAAAAACAUCUUGAGGAGUAUUCUGGCUGACAUGCUCGCAAGGCAGAUGCAGAGGAAGAAGUGACCUCCCAUCCCUCCCCUCCUCACACACUCAGAAGACCCUAUGAUCCCCUGAAGUCCAGGUCUGCACUGAGCUACAAACCAGGGACCUGAAAUCAAUUAAUCAAAGUACCC